AUGCCCUCAUGGAGUCUCGCGGUCUCGAAAUGGAGAGAUCAUGAUGCGCUGUCAAUCGAUAUCGACAAUGAAAAUCCUCUACACGUGGCAAACUGUACUCCGGUAACGUUCGUCUGCCGAUUGACAGACAAACAGGGAUCAAAUAAGACCGAGGUUUAUUGGUCGUUUCGAGGAGAGAAUGCCUCGAAGCUUCCCGGAGUGAACACCUCUUUCGACGGGGACAUCGCUCAACUCCACAUUCCUUGUCCCGAACGUAAUUAUACGGGAGUGUACCAGUGUCUCGCCGAAGAGAAGAACACUUCGAUUAUCUACAAGAAAGAGCUCAGUUUCAACGUUUAUGUUCCCGUGAGCGUGGAUGUUUCGUCUGAUUUCGACGAGCCUCCCCUACACGGAAAUGUCACGUUGACGUGCCGAGUGACCGCAUGGCCCCACAGUAUCUACCUUGCGUGGUCUCGAGGUCCCUUGCCAUCGAAUUCGAGUAAUUCAUGGUGGUCGACACAGGGACGCAAUGAGACUGAUACAUCCGCCAACAACAUCUGGAACCUCACCAAUGACACUCACGCACAGAGUGUGAGCAACGCGACUCAAGUAGACGAGGUGACAAGUGUCAGCACUCUCGUCCUAGAGGACCUUUCUCGCUUUCAAAAUGCCACGUACUUCUGCUAUGCGUACAACUCGCAGAACAAUAUGACCGCCAUGUCGUCACAUCAUGUGCAAGUGAUUGAGCCCCCCGAACUCGGUUUCGGCAAGGUGACAGCAGAGGACUCGCGUACUGUCAAGCUGAAAUGGCAAGUGAAAUUCCCCAACAAUCAGCCUGUGGCCCGCUAUCACCUGCAAGUGAAAAACUACAGUGCGGAGGUCGAUUGGCUGGACGUUCACAACGCCAUUCCCGCUAACACGACUACGUACACCGUCGGAUACCUCGCUCCUGGAGUCACCUACGGCUUCAGAGUGGCCGGGGUUAACAACGUCGGUGUAGGAGAAUGGAUCGCACGAAACAUCACCAUGCCUCCCGAUGUUCCUCCAAAGAUCAAUCAAGUACACCUGCUGGCCACGACAAACAAUACCCUCGUAUUUGCGUGGCAGAGACCGCCCCAUAAUAACGGGGCAAAUAUUUCGCAAUACAACUUUGAGCUACUCCACGACUCACAACUGCACGAAAACCGAACGAUGCCAGCGAACGAGAACAGCACGAGAUCCAACUACAUGUUCGUCUACGUGGGACUGACGCCCGGCGACUCAUAUUCGUUUCAGGUCAGAGCUUGCAACGCGAUCGGAUGCGGAAACUGGUCGGACCAGCUAGAAGCCAAUACUUCAGACGGAACCGCCGGAGCUCCCGAGGAUGUUCAGAUGCUGUGCUUCUCUAACGAUGAUCGUACGAUCACAUAUACCUUGGUGACAUGGAAAGCACCGAAAGAAGCUCGUGGUACCAUCCAAGGAUACAACAUAACAUUUGAGGGCAACGCGGUGUUCCGCCGCGAAACGGGAGCGUACGAAACGGAAAAAGUUAUCGAAUCCCAUGAAGUGAACGCAACGACCGUCCAAUUUCGGGCUCCUGUCAAACCCCAUACUAAUUACACAGUGAGGGUUUGCACCGUCAAUAGAGCCGGAUGUGGAAAUCUCAGCGGUGUGAGCGCCAGGAGUGCUUGCGUGUCGCCACCCAUCGCGCCUCCAUCUCUCCCCCGGUACACCCUGGAACGAACGGACCACGACAAACAACUCAAGCUCCGCAUGGUUCGGAUAUCGGAGCGAGCGGCUGAUGUUUUAUGUUAUCGGAUAAUUUUGAUAAAACUCCCGACUGGCGACGUCUUCCGGCUGCUACCGAGAGACAAGUCAGAAUUGAAUAUAACUUCUUGGGAAGCCGUUCAUCGGACGGGAUCAGACAUAGGCGCAUACGUUGCCGAAGCGAUCCCAAGCGAUGAUCUACCGGAAGAAGUUCAACUCGGCGACUUACAAGGUUUUCAUUGUGAUUCUGCUCUGCUAGCCAAGCAGCCACCCCGCCAGAAAAACAUUUCGGUUGAGAAGAAUUCUCAAGAGAACAGCGAUGAGCAGCAGAAGAUUAUGAUGCAAACGAUCGACGAUAUUAGUAAUCGGCGCCGGAAGAGGACAUUGCUUAGAUUAAGUCGGGAGUCUUCGGGAGACCAGAGAGCUACAAAUUUUUAUCAGGGCAGGGAGAUCUACGAUGGAGCACUCUCUUCGAAAACAAAUUAUUCGGGAUUUGUAGAAGUCCACGUCAGAGGCGAGAACGGAACUGUCCUGUCACAACAGAGUCCAUACUUCGAUCCUGUUGAAACGGGCGCAGAUCGAACUGCCAUCGUCUCCGAAGGCCCCGCAGCUCUCGUUGCUACUUUAUUCUCUGGCGUUUUACUCGUCGUGCUCAUGAUCCUUGUGUUCGUCUGCCUGAUCAGGAAGAAGAGUCUCAAAUUUUACACAGACCCAGGUGAGGAACUGCUGGACAACGACAGGCACUUUUACGCCGAAUUGAGACUCUCCACUCUUCUGCGUCAUGUGUUCCUCAAACCGAUGCCGCUGAACAUUAUCAGUACGAGUGUCAAAGAAAGUCUACCGAGUGUGAUGCCGAUAAAAGCCCACAACCUCCCCGAAGCUGUAUUAAAGAGGCAGGCACAAGGAGAUUUCUUGUUCAAUGCUGAAUUCGAGUUGAUUCCCGAUAAGUUCAAAGAUAGGACAACGUUCACGGCAGAUGCGCCGGAGAACGCCUUCAAGAAUCAAUAUCCUGAUCACGUAGCAUACGACCAGACCCGAGUCAAACUGACUCCGAUCGACGGGGUGGUCGGAUCCGACUACAUCAAUGCGAGCAUCGUGGAAGGCUACCGAAAUAAGAAAAGCUAUAUUUGCGCCCAAGGACCUAUAGACAAGACAGUAUACGAUUUUUGGAAAAUGGUCUGGGAGCAAAGUGUUACUGUGAUUGUUAUGCUAAGCGGCGUCGAGGAAUACGGCAAACAAAGAUGCUCGUCGUACUGGGCCGAUCUGGGCGCCAAAGAAAUCGAGAAGGAGUUCAUCGUCGGUGUGCUCGCAGUCAGGCACUACGCCGACUUCAAAGUUCGGAAAUUUAUUGUAAAUCGUAUUUCCGGGGGAGUCACGGAAGAACGGGAGAUACUCCACUUCCAAUACAUGACGUGGGGAGACUUUUUGGUGCCCGAGCGGCCCACCUGGGUGAUGCGUUUUGUCAAACGAGUCAAUGAGCACUUCGUUCCGGACCGGGGGCCUUUGCUCGUGCACUGCUCCACCGGGUCGGGUAGAACGGGUACUUUCGUCGCAAUCGAUAUGCUACUCGACGAUCUUGAUGGUAGCGACCAGGUUGACAUCUUCAGUUGUGUGUCCUAUCUACGUCAUCACAGAAUGCGUGUCGUGCAGACCUCGAAACAAUACAAAUUCAUAUAUCGAGCGCUGAUGGAACACGCUCAGUUCGGUGACACCGAGAUAGAAAUCGGCCACCUCCGCGACCACUACCUUCAGCUGAAAGAGAAGACAAAUCUCGAGGGAAAGGACGGACUAGCGAUGGAAUUCGAGAAACUUCAGGAGGUCAUCGAGGAGCCUCAGCCCUGUAAAGCGGGGCAGUCCGAAGUACACGCAUCCAAAAACAGAUAUAAUUUCAUAUUGCCCUACGAUCAUAAUCGGCUCGUCCUGCCGGAAUCGCCGUCGAGGAAAAAUUCCUCCUACAUAAAUGCGUCUUUCAUACAGGGAUUCGACAGAUCGAUGACAUUCAUAGUCACGCAAGAUCCACUGGAUACGACGGUCGUAGAUUUCUGGAGAAUGAUCGUGGAACACGGUGUAUCCACGAUUGUGAUGCUCAGUGAGUUGGGUUGUUCACCUACUCAAACCAAAUGCCAUCCAUAUUGGCCCGUCAAUUCGGAGCUGAUAUGUGAAUACGUGAAGGUCAAAUUCAUCAAGGAAGAAGCCAAUGAUUUCUACAUCCGGAGAGAUUUCGAAAUCUUCAACACUAAAACCCAAGAAGGUCAUCAAGUCACGCAAUUCCAACACAAGGGCUGGAUUGGGCAAAUUGAUUAUGAUUCGUGCAUCUCGAUCCUUGCUGUGAUUGACGCGGCCCAGAUGAGUAGGGCUACAGCUCUCACUCUCAGGCCAGUCCGGGAAGUCGGUCCCAUCGUUAUCCAUUGCAGCGGCGGCGGCGACCGCUCUUCAGUAUUCGUCUCGCUGUUCGAACUUAUCCAGCAGCUAAGGGCAGAGGAGCGGGUGGACGUAUUCCAGACAACGAGGCAUAUUCGCUCACAAAGACCUUGUAUGCUACAAACAGCGAAUCAGUAUGAAUUCUUGUACAGAGGCCUUUUAACCUACAUUGAGACUCAUCAACUGUGCGACAUGGCGGACACGCAACUCUGAGGGUGGGCUAACCUAGGAUGUUCAAAUCAAGGCGGACCUCUGCAGACGGAACAAACGUUUGUGCCUACUCUGGCUCUCAGUGAAGCCUAUUGUACCCUGGAGGUGACAGAUCAAUUGAGCUCGACGAUAUACAAUCAGUGCCCUCCUGUUAUCCGGCCUUCACCCCUCCCGUCGUAUUUGGUUCAAGAGAUGAGGGAUUCUCCUUCGCCUUCUUCUCUUUCGACUUUCUCAACGACGAUCUCCCCGUCGUCAUCAAGUGCUACCUGAGAGCUCGAUGCAAGAAAUA